UUGAAGAGUGUUCUAACAUCCAGUUUCCUCUUUUAACUUGAAUCCCAAAAACAUUUUUUACAAACUUCCAAAAAAAACAAGAAAAGGGACUAAUUAGCAAAAGAGACCUCAUAGAAUAGGUCACAUGGGAGGAAGCUCAAUCUUAAAGGGACUUUUGAGUUUCUGAGUACUAGAAAUCACCAAAAACCCAAACCAGACCAGAAAAAGGUGACCCCAAAAAGCUACUCAUAUCUCAAAAACUACACUGAAGACAACUUUCCAGUAAUGGCUGCACAUGAACAACAACAACAACACCAUGAACAGCAAAAUCAAGAAAACCCCAUUUCCCUUUUCUCUUUAGAACCCAAAAGUAACAACUUGGACAAGAUUUUCUCCUCAUAUUUGGGUCUAAGUUUUGCAAUCUUUCUUGGAUUUUUACCCAAGAAUGCAAUUUCUUUAGUUUCAAGACUUCAGAAUCACAACAAGGAGCUAACUUUUCAGCUUAUUGAUACAGAAGAACAGUUAAAGCAGUUGCUUUUUAGGAGAAAAGAGGAUUCAAAAGCAAAUGCAAGAGUUGUUGAAAUCUUUGCAAGUCAUAGACAUGCUUGGCAGCAAGAAGAGAAGAGGUUGUUACAGCAGAUUGAUGAGUGCGAUGAAGAGAUUGGUGAGUUAAGAGAGAGAGUUGAGCAGUUUGAGAAAAUGGAAAGUGAGUUAAGGGGUAAUGUUGAGGAGUUGAAAAGGGAGAUUAGUGAAAGAGAUGAAAUGUUGAACUUUAUGAGUAGUAGGGGUUGUGAGAUGGAAAAUAGUACAAGUGGAGAUGGUGGUGUUGGAGAUUGUUAUGGUGAAAUGGGCUUGAGGUUUGGGAAAGUUGGGAUAUCAGAAGGGGGAAUGGAUAAGGGGGUAGGGAUGGAAGAAUGUUAUUUGAGUAAUGGGAUGCCUAAUGCUGAACAAAUGAGUGGUGUUUAUGGACAGAAUAAUGGAUUCAACUCAGAAUACUUGAAUUCUGCUUCUAAGUUUUGGGCUGAAAAAGCUAGUCCUUGGCAGCAGGAUCUGCAGUAUGAUUCUGUCGAUUCACUUCACCAUUUAAAGCAUUUUGUAGCAAGAAGGGAAGCCCCUUGGAAGAUAGAUGGUGAAUCAACAGGAGUCUCCUCCAAACUAAAGUUACUUGAGCAGGAGCUACUGAAUUUGGAAAAAAUUGGGAAGACAGAUGUAUCCAAGGUACCAUCAUCAACGCGGAAGCAGGUGAAGAGAUACCAAGCUCUUGCAGGCAAGAUCGAUGAUCUAUGCAGAAGAAUGCAGCAGGCCAGUGAUCCUUGUGAACCCAACCUGAGUCCUGAGUUCCGGACGCAAAGACAGACAGAGUUUCUGCUUGAAGCAUUUCGACUUCAGCAGCGUGCAUCUGAAACUGGACAGAAGUUGAUGGUACUACAAACUGACAGCAGCAAAAGUUAUUAUGGGAAUGUAUGUGAAGGUCAAGCUCAACUAGCCACUAAGCGAUCCUUUGACUCCAUCAGAAAUAACUUAAAAGAAAUCCAACGGAAUUUAGAGAUAUGGCUUGCUAGAAUUAUUGGGGAUCUCGAGGGAAUCCUUUCCCGAGAUGGUGCUUCUCGUGUAAGGGAUUAUUAUAUAUCUAGAUAUCCUUUUGUUCAAUAGUUGUGUUAAACAGGCUCAGUAAAAUCAUGAUUGAAAAUAUAGCCUCCUUUGAUGAAUUACUCCUUCAUGCUAUUGAAAUGUAUAGCUCUCCUUUCUGUUAA